GGCAUGUCGAACAAAGACCUAGGCUGCUCCAUGAUCUCAGCCCGAUCCUUAAACCUCUCCUUUGUUUUUCAGCCUGGUAGUAUUUUGUCGCCUGUUUUCUCCGGUCGGGUCGACAUCACCCUUUGAGUGAUUCAACCUCUCGGACAUUUUGUAACCAACAGGAGAAUAUCCCAUAAACAUGAUUCCACUCAACAAUCCAAUAACCGAAUUCCCCGAUGAUCUUGAGACUGAGGUGCAGGAGCUCUACGAUUCCCACAAAGAGCUUGAAGAUGUUGUCGACGUUGAUCUCUUGAUAAGAGGAGCGCGAGUGGCUCAGAUGGGGAAUAACCAUCUAGUCCGCCAUCUCACUGCUGCCGAGAAACAGGCAAUUAAAAUAGAGAAUCGAUCUGGUUUUCUCGACCAAACUAAGGACUUGAAGGUUACUAUCUUGACAACUGCAUGCGCCGCUAUCACUCAAGGUUGGCAGCAAUCAACUAUAAACGCCAGUUCUCCUGGCUGGCAGGCGGAACUGAAUGAUGGAAUCGGCGAUUGGAAGCAGCAUAAAGUCCUAGCCGGACUUAUCGACGCAUCCCCUUGGCUAUCAGGAAGUAUAAUUGGAACAUGGCUGAGCGAUCCCUUACAAGAGGGGAGAUUUGGUCGAAGGCCUGCUCUUUUCAUAUCGGCAGUGUUCUGUGCUGCAUGCGUUAUCGGUACUGCUCGCUGCGAAACAUGGCAACAACUGCUAGUUUGUAGAAUCUUGCUUGGGAUUGGAAUUGGAGCCAAAGCAUCCGUUGCUCCGAUCUUUGCCGCAGAAGCAGCAGCAGAUCAUAUUCGCGGGCGGCUGCUCAUGAUGUGGCAGCUAUUCGAUACAUUCGGGGUGUUCAUAGGCUUUGCGGCUGUCUGGAUUGUGGAUCGGCAAUGGAGAAUCCUGUUGGGAACUUCUGCCAUGCCAGCCAUUAUCCUGUUGUUCCUCGUCUUCCUCUGCCCCGAGUCACCGCGAUUUCUGAUCCGGAGAGACGAUUAUAAGGCUGCUUUUUUAAGUCUCCGUCAAUUGAAAGGCACCGAUAUCCAAGCGGCGAGGGAUCUAUACUACAUCCAUCGUCAGCUGCAGGCUGAGGCAGAAAUGUUACGAUCAAAAAAAGGCUUGCAAAAUGGAGCCUCUGAUCGGGCCAAUUACAAAUACCCAUAUCAACAAUAUGUGCGGAAUAUGUCUUUCCCAAGACGGGUAUGGUCGCUCUGGAGUAUCCCUCGAAAUCGCAGGGCCUGCAUGGCAGCAUUCGUGGUGAUGGCAUCGCAACAGCUUUGUGGGAUCAAUGUUCUUUCAUUCUACUCUACAACUCUAUUCGAUCAUGUCAGCAGUCCCAACGGCGAGACUAACUCGCUUCACUCGGCGUCAGUCGCAUGGCUAAACUUCGGCUUCGGACUGGCUAAUUUCUUAUUCACCAUCCCGGCUUAUCGAUACAUUGAUUAUAAAGGUCGAAGAAUGCUUCUUCUAUGUUCUCUAGCGGGCAUGUGUGCUACCCUGGCCUGCAUCAGCGGGUUUUUUCGUCUUUCGGAUGAUACAGCUCGCAUCGGCACAGUCUCGUCUUUCUCAAUUGUGCUUUUUACGUUUGUAUAUGGGAUUGGUGCGGGACCCGUACCUUUUACGUUCAGUGCAGAGGUCUUUCCCCUGGCCUUCCGCGAGGUCGGGAUGAGCUUUAGUGUAAUGGUCAACUUCCUUGGUCUGGGCCUUUUGGUCAUGUUCGUUCCAAAAUUGACCGAGGCGUUUGGCUCAAAUGGCAACUCGAAUUUGCUUUUUCUUUUUACAGGAUUAAAUGCCCUCGCAUUUGCCUUGGUGUUCUUCCUGGUACCUAGUGGCACCGAGUGUAUCAGUUUAGAGGAAACGAAUCGCAUCUUUGAAACAAAAACAAUGAAUCAUAUCAAAGGACAUUUGUCCGUCCUACGGAUUAACAGGCCUCCGCGAGAGCAAACGCAUGCGAUGGAAGGUGUGGAAGCGGCGGAGGUGUAAAGAAUCAGCUUCCAGGGAAACACAGGCGAUAUAAUAACUACACAAGUAAUACCGUGUUUGAGAGGAUUGCGGUUGGCUGUCCAGGAAGGUUUUCUUUUUCUUUUCUUUUUUUAAGAGAUGAGUCAUAGUCAAUUCCCAUAAGACCUUCUCUG